CAUCCAUCUUUCAGAAAUUCACUCACAGAGAACAAACAGAGAGAUAGAAAUGGCGGUGAUGGAGAAGUUGAAGAUUUUCAUCGUCCAAGAGCCUGUGGUGGCUGCUUCUUGCCUUAUCGCUGGUUUCGGUCUCUUCCUUCCAGCCGUGGUAAGACCUAUCCUGGAUUCUUAUAAAGCGGCUAAUGAAGUCCCACAGCCUGCUUUAAGUGAUGUGGUUGCAGGUAUGACGGGAAAGAAAUAGGGGCGAUGCAAAUCACUGAAAUCAAGUAGAAAGUUUUCGAAGAAUUUCCCCUCCCUCCAGUUUUCAUUACUUUUUGAUUCUCAUUAAUGAAAUAAUAUGGACUUCGAAGAAUGGGGAUUUAAGUGAAAAUGCUUAUUGAAUCUCUUUCUGUUUAAGUAAGCAAUGUGAAAUCGUAAAUGGUGUUCGUCAUGUUUUGACAUGUAUUAUGCAGCUGGGUUCAUUUGGAACACAACUGAUGCAUAUUUGAGAAUUUCAUCCCAUAAAGAGUUUUUUUUUUUU